CUCAAACCAAAACAGGACAGGCAGGCACCAGAAGCUGCAAGAGAGAGUACUAGCUAGCUAGCUGCCCGGCCAUGGCGCCACCACGGUGCAGCACCGCUCUACUGCUGCUGCUGCUGUCUCUCCUCCUCUUCCUGCUCUGCGUCUCCCAAGCAGCCCAAGAGGAGACCGUCGACGGAUCAAGAUCAGGCCAGCCACUCCAAGAGCAGCACGGCGGCAAGGUGGUGGAGGAGAAAGCGGCGAGCUUCGCGGCGGCGGUGGCGGAGGAGGAGGAGCAGUGCGACGGCGCCGGAGGGGGAGAAGAGGAGGAGUGCUUGAUGAGGAGGACGCUGAUGGCGCACACCGACUACAUCUACACCCAGGGAAACCACCACUAGAUACUCAAUAAUCCAGCAGCUAGCUGCUUAAUUAGCUAGAUAUAUAGUCGAUCGGAUUUGGAGUUUAAUAGUUUUCUGUGUGCUCCAAACCCCAAUCAGUUCACUGUGAUUGCUGCUGUCAUCAUCUUAUGUUCCAUCCAAUCAGAGUCAGAGCUAGCUGCUGCUGAUCCACUGACUGCCGAUGUAUGAUCGAUCCAUGGAAAAUGAUUAUUUGCUUCUUCUUCUUCUUCUUCUUCUUCAUCAGCUAGCUAGUGUUUCGAUCUUAAUUCAGUCGAUACCACUCAUGAAAGUUUGUUUUUUUUUUGGUGGGGACGAAUUGGGAGAACUCAAUUAUGUGAAAGUUGGUGAUGGAUCGAGCAGCCCUCUUGUUGUUUGUCUGGUCUGA